AGGGAAGGGUAGAUUAACGGUUUCCCCUCUUUUGACACGGUGAACUGUUAAAGGUGGAUUUGACUGCAACGCAGCAGCACGUGUUCAGCCCAGAUAGCGGAUUGCUUUCUUUGUGAAUCAGCUGUCAAAAUUGCUGGGUUCGUUUGCAGCUGAAACGGAGCAGGAUUGUAUUUCAGGUCAGAGUUGGCAGGUCUCAUCGUCCGUUUAGUGGGAGCUGCAGUUGUGACAUUGAUGAUGUAUUUUGAAGAGGUAGGUGUGAAGAGGAGCAACUUCAAAAUCUCCUGCCUGAACCAAGACCGAAGUCGUUGUGCGAUAUCGCUUUCGUGCACCCAAUUUUCAAAUCAAACAGAGUGAUGUUUUUCCGGUACAUCUCUCACUCCGUCGUCCCAACAACAACGUUACAUUUGUGCAGAGCCGUUCGCGUCGGGAGGACGUCCCGAUGCGCCGAACAGACAGAGUUACGGGAAAAUGAAUUCAAGAUUUGGCGACCGCCAACACCAACAACAACAACGGAGCCGGAGCGCCGGACGUCCAUGGAGAAAGUUGAGGAGGACUUCUCGAAGUUACGCGUCGCCCAGCGAUCCGCGCACACACCGGAGGACCUCACGUACCUCCUGGACAUCGACUGCCUCAGGCCGUGGCCGGAGCAGACCAGCCCGCUCCUGGCUGCUUCCUGUUCCGACCGGUGCGUGCGCGUGUACGACAGGCAGACCCUCACCCUGCUCCGCCUGUUCAAGGGUCACUCGGCCCCCGUUAGCCGGGUCAGGUUCGGCCGGGGUCGCGGGCAGCUGUUCUCCGCGUCCUGCGACGGGACCGUGAGGUGUUGGGAUGCGCGAUCGCAGUCACCGGACGCCGCUCGGACCUACAGAGGCUUCCCCGGCAACGCCUUCCUGGGCUUCGACAUCAGCUGCGGCGGCACGGUGCUCUGCGCGGGGACGGAGAAGGUGGACAAGGACGCCUUCCUGGUGUUCUGGGACGCGCGGGCCGACGCGCAGGAACCGCUCGGGGUGUACUCGGAGUCGCACAGCGACGACAUCACCCAGGUGCGCUUCCAUCCCAGCGAUCCCGACCGGAUGGCCUCGGGGUCGACCGACGGCCUGGUCAACGUGUUCGACCUCGGCCGGGACACGGAAGUCGACGCCCUUCUGGCCACCUGCAACUCGGAUUCCUCGGUCAGUUUCGUGGGCUGGUCCGGCGAGGAGGGCGCGCAGGUCUUCUGUACGACUCACGACGAGGGCUUCUCUCUCUGGGACCUGACCCACCUGGAGACCGAAGAGCCCCUCGCCCUGGUCAGAAUGAACGACGCCAGGGAAACGACCGAGAUCGACGGGAGUGCCCUGGACUACCUGAUUGGGGGCUUCUACCACCACAGGACCAGGAGGUUGCUCGUCUUAGGAGGCACCCACCUGGGGAAACUACACUUUCUGAGCUGCGAGGCCGGGGCCGAUGGGCUCACCCACCUGUACAGCCCCCGGGACGCACACUCGGCCACCGUCCGGGCCUUUUACUGGGACUCGGAGGACGAAUCCGUCGUGACGGCCGGGGAGGAUGCGCAGUUGCUGCUGUGGAAACCGGGCGCUGUGGAAACCAGCGGCAAAAAGAAAGAAGCCACCAAAGAGCGAUCCUCCUUGCAAAAGAAAAUGCGAAUUCACGGAGGCGCAGCUUACAAGAGCAAGAAGUAACACGUGUGGUUGGAUCACGCGCUGCUGACUGCUGUCGGUGGCUAUCGGUUUGCCAAUGACUUGAGUCGAUCCCAGGGGGGAACGAACGGUGACUUCGAACAAACAUGGGAAGCGCAGUGACAAAACAUAGCCCGACCGGCGUCUUAUUUUAAAGAGCUUCUUCACCAAAGGCGAUUCAAGGCUCCGGUUGGAUUAUUCCGGCUUCCCAGCUUCAAUAAUAUUCCUCUUGACACAGAGCCUUAUCACGGUGUCGGGACGCCUCAAAGCUCUUCGCAGGAUUUUACUGUGACUGUUUAUUUUCUAGGCCAACGUGGCAACCGAUUUGCGAGGGACCAGCCUUGUCCCACAAAUGGCUAAUAAAGGCUUUUUGUGAUUGAAAA